UUGGGCUCGGUAACAGCGGCGCUCUCGAUUGGCUGUUUGCGGCGCCUUCGAACGUGCCUAGCUCCUGCGCUGGGCGACUGGGCCGGUAGUGGCGAUGUCUGGCCGGUCCAAGAGGGACUCUCGUGGUUCCACCCGUGUGAAACGCGAGUCCGAGUCACGGGUCAACUCGAGUCGCGUCAAGCGGGAGCGAGAUCGGGAGCGGGAGACCGAGGUGCCGAGCUCCCGGGGCAGUCCGGUGCGCGUGAAGCGGGAGGUCGACCCGCCUAGCACGCGCGAGGCCCCGGCGCCCGUCAUCCCGGCUGUGCGGGUGAAGCGGGAGCGCGAGGCGGACGAAGACUCCGAGCCUGAGCGGGAGGUGCGAGCAAAGAAUGGCCGGGUGGAUUCCCAGGACCGGAGGAGCCGCCACUGCCCAUACCUGGAUACCAUUAACAGGAGCGUGCUGGACUUUGACUUUGAGAAACUGUGUUCCAUCUCCCUCUCGCAUAUCAAUGCAUAUGCCUGUCUGGUGUGUGGCAAGUACUUUCAGGGCCGAGGUUUGAAGUCUCACGCCUACAUCCACAGCGUCCAAUUUAGCCACCACGUCUUCCUAAAUCUCCACACGCUGAAGUUUUACUGUCUUCCAGACAACUAUGAGAUCAUCGAUUCCUCGCUGGAGGACAUCACGUAUGUGUUGAAGCCCACUUUCACAAAGCAGCAGAUUGCAAACUUGGAUAAGCAAGCCAAAUUGUCCCGUGCAUAUGAUGGCACCACUUACCUGCCAGGUAUUGUGGGCCUGAAUAACAUAAAGGCCAACGACUAUGCCAACGCUGUCCUUCAGGCUCUGUCUAAUGUUCCUCCUCUCCGGAACUACUUCCUGGAAGAAGACAAUUAUAAAAACAUCAGGCGUCCUCCGGGGGAUAUCAUGUUCUUGUUGGUCCAGCGUUUUGGAGAGCUGAUGAGAAAGCUCUGGAACCCUCGAAAUUUCAAGGCACAUGUCUCUCCCCAUGAGAUGCUUCAGGCUGUUGUCCUUUGCAGCAAGAAGACUUUUCAGAUCACCAAACAAGGGGAUGGAGUUGACUUUUUGUCCUGGUUUCUGAAUGCUCUGCACUCAGCUUUGGGGGGCACAAAGAAGAAAAAGAAGACCAUUGUGACUGACGUUUUCCAGGGCUCCAUGAGGAUCUUCACUAAAAAGCUUCCGCAUCCUGAUCUGCCAGCGGAGGAAAAAGAGCAGCUGCUCCAUAAUGACGAGUACCAGGAAACAAUGGUGGAGUCCACCUUUAUGUACCUGACGCUGGACCUCCCUACGGCCCCGCUCUACAAGGAUGAGAAGGAACAGCUCAUCAUCCCCCAGGUGCCGCUCUUCAACAUCCUGGCCAAGUUCAACGGCAUCACUGAGAAGGAAUAUAAGACUUACAAGGAGAACUUUUUGAAGCGCUUCCAGCUUACCAAGCUGCCGCCAUAUCUGAUCUUUUGUAUUAAGAGAUUCACUAAGAACAAUUUCUUUGUGGAGAAGAAUCCAACUAUUGUCAACUUCCCUAUUACAAACGUGGAUCUGAGAGAGUACUUGUCCGAGGAAGUACAAGCAGUGCACAAGAACACCACGUAUGACCUGAUUGCCAACAUUGUACACGAUGGCAAGCCCUCCGAGGGCUCCUACCGGAUCCAUGUGCUUCAUCACGGGACGGGCAAAUGGUAUGAGUUACAAGACCUCCAGGUGACUGACAUCCUUCCUCAGAUGAUCACACUGUCGGAGGCUUACAUCCAGAUUUGGAAGAGGCGAGAUAAUGAUGAAACCAACCAGCAGGGGGCUUGAAGGAGGUGUCUACGGCUUUGCUUUCAGGGGCUUUGGCUGCAGACGUAAAUGAGAAUACUGAAUAUGGGCUGACUGGCAGUUCCCUGGGUCAGCCCGGUUUUUGUGGGUUUCGAUUCACACCAGAGCACCAGCGGGCCCACCCACCUGGGAUGGCUCGGUGCUGUCACCAAGCUGUUCUUAGAUCAGUUUCUUGUGGAUUGAUGUUCCUUUUCCUUCCCAUCUAGCUCCCCUCUAGCUUCAGCAGGCCAGAACUCUUUUACAGAUGUUUGUAAUUUAUUUCUGAGUAGCUGGGAGUAUCUGAAGGACAAGACAAUUUCUUCUAAGCAUCAAAGCCUCAGGAUUCCCGGAAUAAGAACAUGAAGGCAGUAACAUCCUUCUUCGAUCAUGGGUAGAUAGUCUUCCGGUGGUUCUCUUCAUUUCCUGACUGUUUUGGAAUGAAUUAAAUAUUUUCCUGUUUUUAAA